GAGCUUGAACUCAUUAUUCGGCAAGCUUGAAGAUAUCGUCUGUUGCUGACUUUGGCCGUGCUCUUGACUGUUCAAUCGAUCAACAUAGAAGACGGUGGAGUUCCGUUAACAAUGGAGCAUGAUGCGGACUGGACGUCUGAGAGCAGUUUGGAUUCAGAUGAAUUAUCAGUGUUGCCACCAUUAGUGAUAUGGACAAGUAAAAUGCCAGUGCCGUGCGGGUUACCGCCUUGUCAUGUUUCGUAUCACCAUGGUGUGCCAAGUGUCGCGCGUCCCCACACUGCGAUCGAUCAUGGAAAUAACAUAUUGACCUCUGAAACGUCUUCUGUGGAUUAUCCACAACGGCAUAGCUCGAUAUCCAGGCUGGACAAUGCACAGCACGGUUAUUCUCCAGCAAAUUUCUGUCUGCUUCCUGAGCCAGUCGUCAUCGCUACACCACGUAGCGAAGUCCAGAGUAAGGACCAAAAAGAGGCUGAAGCUUCAGCAUCAGCUUCUUGCAACACUGGCUUGGAGCCGCCGACGUCAACAGGCAGAAUGCGAAAACGAUAUCUCCCCACAUCUAUUCCACAAGUCCGCUCUUCCCUAACUGGUCCAGACCACUACGCGGCUCCAGAAGAGACACGUGACUCGCCUAAUGACGAAUCGUCGAUCUAUUCUGUUGACCUUGACCUGAAUCAACAGAGUAUAGGUAAUAUUAGCGAUAAUUCGGUAUCUCCCCAAUGCACUGGUGAACUUGUAUCUGAAAAACCACACAAACCAGCUGAAGGAAACUUGGUGAAAUGUAAGCUUUGCGAAAUGGCAUUCUCUAACCAGUCUAGUCUUACUAGACAUGAACGCACGCAUCACAACCAGAAACCCUUCAAGUGCAAGAAGUGUGAAAAGUCAUUCAGUUACAGUUGUAGACUAAAAUUUCAUGAACGUACGCACUCUGGAGAGAAACCAUACAAGUGUAAGGGUUGCGCAAAGUCGUUCAGCCACAGUUCAAAUCUUUUGCGUCAUCAACUCAUCCACACUGGAGAGAAGCCAUUCAAAUGUGCACACUGUUGCAAGUCUUUCACGGAGUUAAAAUGCCUUCAAGACCACCAGAGUACUCACACGGGACAUAGGCGGCAUGUAUGUAAUGGUUGUGCCUGUGAAUUUUAUUCUGCAUCCAGUUUGAGACGUCAUAAGAUUAAUCGAAUUUGCAAACGAUAACACCCUAAUCCUUCUGCAUCUCUCCUUUUCUCUACUAUUCUCAAAUCCCUAUCCUCUUUUGUAACUGCUCCUACUCGCUUUCUUAUAGCCAUAUGUUGGUAUCUGUUUUGUUUUUGUUAUACAUCAUUGAUCUGCGUAUUCCGUCUUACCAGAAAUUUAUUUUGAACAUUUUUACUGGGAUUGUGUUGCCUCUUCUCGCGUUACGUCCAAGUUAAAGACAUAAAUGUACAGUCUUUGAUUAAGCUUCAUUUCCUCGUUCUCUCCUAUAGUCGUCUUCUCGUCGCUUCUCAUGUAGUCGUCUUUUCGUUUUCUUGCAUUAUCGUUGGCUUUCGUCCAUACUGUUUAUGGAAUUUGCUUCUGGUCCUAAUGAGUCCAUGACUUAUGAGAUUGUGCACAAUUGACCUAGGCUUCUGUAGAUUUGCGAACUGUGCUAAGCGCUGUAAUUUUCCAGUAAUUUACAAUGGAAUUGUUUUUGUAAAAUGUACUUAUUAUAAUAAUUAUUAUAUCGCGAUAAUUGAUGAAAAUGUAAU